GGCAGUUUGGGGUUCACUUCACCCUUACAGCAGUGACAGAAGAAGCGAUGUUGAGAAACCGCGGCAGCCUCCGCCAUUUUUUCCCUGACUCCGGGACAAACAGUGACGUCCGUCCUCCCACUCGCGGAAAGAGAGGGUCCGCCACUACCCCGGCAUGCAACACAGUCUCGUUGCAACUCCGAAAACUGCCGAAGAUGACUCUGGAAGAGUCAAACCUGUGCUCCCUGCUCCUGAGGGAACACUUUGGGGAAGUCGUGGACCGAGUCGGAACCCACCUCAUCCGGACCGGGGCUCAGCCUCUGAGAAUGAUGGCGCACGACACCGGGACCCCGCUAGACCUGGUGAAGAAGGCCCUGUGCGUGCUGAUCCAGCACAGCCUGGCCUGGUUCCGGGUGAGCCGGCGUGGGCAGGUGGAGUACGAGGCGGAUUGCACCCGGGUCCUGCGGCUCCAGCGCUACCCGCGGUACAUCUACACGGCGAAGACGCUGUACGGAGACACCGGCGAGCUGGCCGUGGAGGAGCUGCUGCAGCAUGGGAAGAUGAGCAUGAGCAGAGUGGUGAGGAGGGUGGCAGACCGGCUCACUGACUCCAUGGAGGAGGGGAAGUCGAUGGAGCACAGCGAGGUUGCGAACACGUUCACCAAGCUGGUGGAGACGCACUUCCUGCAGCGCUGCCCCCUGGUGUCGGAGGCUGAGAAGAGCGAGGGGGCGAGACCCCAGCCUGCUCCCACCCUGCAGGAGCCGACCAAUGACAUGUACACCCUGCCCGAGGUCAACCUGGCCGGGCGAGGGAAACGCAGGAGGUCUGUCGAUGACACAGAGGGGGAAUCCAAAAGCAAGAGAUCCCGACUUGACCCCCAGGACACAGAGCCCGCGCUGGAUGACGGUAUUUACUGGCAGGUGAACUUGGAGAGGUUUCACCAGCACUUCCGAGACCAGGCCAUCAUAGCAGCGGUGGCCAGCAAACUGGACCAGACGAGCAGCGAGAUCGUGCGCACCAUGCUGAGGAUGAGCGAGGUGACCACCACACCCGGAGCAGCACACACGCAGCCGCUGUCAUCCAACGAGAUUUUCCGCGCGUUGCCGGCCGGCUACAGCAUCUCCAAACCGGUUUUGGACCAGUACCUGUCCCUGCUGGCUGAUGACCCGAUGGAGUUUGUCGGAAAGUCGGGGGACAGUGGAGGAGGCAUGUUCGUCAUCAAUCUACACAAGGCCCUCGCCUGCCUGGCCAAGGCAGCACUGGAGUCCGUGGUGCAGGAGAGGUUCGGCUCCCGCUCUGCUCGUAUCUUCCGGCUGCUCCUGAGGAAGAGGCACUUGGAGCAGAAGCAGGUCGAGGAUUUCGCCAUGAUCCCGGCAAAGGAGGCGAAAGACAUGCUGUACACCAUGCUGUCUGAGAACCUGGUCUCAUUACAGGAAAUCCCCAAGACCCCGGACCACGCCCCCUCCAGAACCUUCUACCUGUACACGGUGAACCCCCUCCCCACCGCCAGACUGCUGCUGCAGCGCUGCUACAAGACGGUGGCCAAUCUGAUCAAGAGACGUCAUUACGAGACGAAAGAGAACAAGCGUCUCCUGGAUAAGUCCCAGAGGAUCGAAGCCAUCAUUGCCUCCAUGCAGGUGACUGGAGCGGAGGAGACUCAGCUAGCGGAGAUCGAGGAGAUGAUCACUGCGCCCGAGAGACAGCAGCUUCAGAAACUGAAGCAGGACGUCAACAAACUCGACUCCAGCGAGAACCAGGUGGACGAGACCAUCUUCCUGCUGGAGUCCUACAUCAGCUCCACCCUGUCCCCUCACUGACUGGGAGAGAGUCCUACAUCAGCUCCACCCUGUCCCCUCACUGACUGGGAGAGAGUCCUACAUCAGCUCCGCCCUGUCCCCUCACUGACUGGGAGAGAGUCCUACAUCAGCUCCGCCCUGUCCCCUCACUGACUGGGAGAGAGUCCUACAUUAGCUCCGCCCUGUCCCCUCACUGACUUGGAGAGAGUCCUACAUCAGCUCCACCCUGUCCCCUCACUGACUGGGAGAGAGUCCUACAUCAGCUCCGCCCUGUCCCCUCACUGACUGGGAGAGAGUCCUACAUUAGCUCCGCCCUGUCCCCUCACUGACUGGGAGAGAGAUCUACAGCAGAGAAAUUAAAAUAAACUUAAUAAAUUCAAUGACUGUCAAACUCCGGGACUGAGAAUUACUAAAAUAAACUUAAAAUUCAAUGACAAGAUCUUUUUAACUUCCAUUGAAGACGAUGAGAAAGACUUGCAGUCUAAAUGUUUGUCAUUGAAUUAAAUUUUUGUCACGUUGGCUCUGGCGCCCCCGGAGGUUUAGGGAGGCAAAACCGCCAGGGACUGUUUCUCCUCAUCGAGCUACAGCGGACCCUGCCAGCCCCGCCCCCCCAGCGAGCUCAGAGCGGACACCCGCAGGGCUUAUCCUCCAGGGGGCAGUCACGUGCUGACCUCCGCUCUGGAGUUGCUGGGUGUGGAAGAGGAAGCUGGCUCGCUCGUGGGAUCGGAGGACUCUCCCCGAACCUUCUCCUGAGCAGCUGUGCGAGGGGUUACUGAGGUGAGGGGAGGGAGUGUAAUGGGACAUUAUAAUUUAAGGGGAGGGGAGAGCCCUCUAAAGAAAAAAAAUCUUAUUCUUUCAUGUUUACUGAGGACAUAAACAGUUCAAAUAAAUAAGUCAAAGCAGA